UUUUCACUAUUGUACCACCCUUAGAUAACUAAAUACAACAAUUUGAAAUUCAUGUUAUAUCACUAGUACACAUUUACCACACUUACGUGUUGUAUUAUUUCGAUUAUUGUAAAGUUUUUUUAUCUUAUCAAUUUCACUCAAACAAACAAGUGCAUUGUUUCAAAAAUUUAACAGUACUUUUCUGGACAGUUAAGAUGUAUUGUUGGAAAGUUUAUAAUGAUUAAAUAUACAAAUUGUGCAUAAGUAAAAAUAAAAUUAAAAAUUGUUAACGUACUAUUUUAUUAUAUAGUGUAAAGAGAAGAUGAGGCCAGUAAAGAAAGCGUUAAAAGCCCUAGAUACUCCAGAUAUGUCCCUGAGCGAGGAAGAGCGAGUUGCUCGCGCGCGUCGAUGUCUCUUUCAAAUCGGAAACCAUAUCAACACGUGUCUGGCGGAAUAUAAAACCGCCGAACAAGUUAGCGAAUGGAAAGGCAAUCUUUGGUACUUCGCUUCCAAAUUUACAAACUUCAAAGCAAAGAAACUUUAUAGAAUGUAUAAGAAUCUGGUAAAACAAGGUGGCGACAGCAACGGCGGUGCCACAUCUAGUCCCGACAAAAAAGAAGACGAUUCUAGUACUGCAAAGCAGAAACACAAUGAAAAGUCAUCUCACGAGAAACAUUUCGAUAAGCAACAAGCUGACAGCAGUCAUAAAGACAGCAGAAUAACAAAACGUAAAGUUGAUGAUAUCGAAGAGAACUCGAAUAGCAGUUCACAAAGUAAGAAACACCUUUCGUCUAUUUCUGCUCUCAUUAACAAUAUCACGUCCACGGUUACUAUCGGUGCUAUCACGAUUACGCCUAUAACAUCAACAACAAAUUCCACAUCGAGUACUGCUAAUAGCGCAGACAUAUCGCGACAUAAAGAACAGAAAGAAUCGAAACAUAAAGAUACAAAAAGAGAUAGAGAUCGUGACAGAGAUAGAGAUAGAGACAGAGGUAGAUUAAGUUUAAGCAGGGACGACAAUUAGGAGAGACGGGUACAAUAUGGGGCAUUUAUAUAGUAGUAGAGAAGGUGAUCGUUGGUUACCCACAGAUGGAAGAGAUAUAAGAGACGGCAGAUCUGGGUAAGGUCAUCUUUUACUUCCAUACACUUUUCAAUUUUAAGGUAAUUAUGCAUGUUAUAAGCCACCUCCAAUUUCAAUGUCCUUUACAUAUUUUAUCCAGGUCAUCACCCUGAGUAAUGUUGUGGAGGUUUUAAGCCGCGCUCGGAAUUUAUUAAAAAGUUAUUAACACGAAAAGUUUUCACGAAUUAUUUAUAAUGAUAAUUCUUCCGAACUACGGCUCCACCUCCAAAUGGGCUUAAAUUUUUUGUAGUGGCUUCUUAUGGUUAAAAAGUAAUGUAAAUAACAAUUUUUUGUCAGAGGAAGUCCAAAAAAAAAGUUAUAAACAAAAAA